GAACUGGUCGAUUUUAAUUUGUAAGUUGCUUAUUUUAAGAUUUAAGAUUUAAGUUAUUGGCAUUUUGAUUGUGUUGGGUUUGUGAUUUUUCUUUAUGCAAUAAUAAAGUUAGUGUUAAAAAGUUUUAUAAAGAAGGGAGAUAACGUAGCUGUUAUUGGUAGGCCAUUGAAGGCUUUUCUAUAGGAGAAUAGACGAUGAUUGGUAUGGUGCUAGUCCCAUCAGUAUCUAAGCAAAUAAUUUGUUACUGCGGGAUUUGUUUGUUUUUAAUACUCUACUUCUGUGGUCAUUCUCAAUGUGGUCAUUUAGCUAUAUCAUGCACAAAGAAACAAAUGUAUAUACUUUAUAAAUUUAGUGAAAAACUGUUAUUUAAAUGUCUGACUGAGCUACUUAAAUGACUUCCUGAAAUAAGGAGAAACAGAAUUUUCCAAAUGCCAGAAAAAAUGAAAACAUAUUGGAGUUGUAGUCACCUACACAAAGGAACUGCAAUUUCAUAAAAGUUGAAAUCUUGUUUCUGGGCAUAUGUUGUUAUUCGGCCUUGCUUCAUUUUUGGAGCUGUGGUUAAAUUACCCGCUCCAACUUUAAUAAUUUAGAUGACCAGAUUUUUGUGUGCCCAUUUGGUCCAUCAUAGAGUUGAACUAACAAAUAAAAGAAUGAAACUAGUUCAACUGGUAAUAAUAUGUUGUAAAACAUAUUCACUGGAAUUUAUAACUGGUACAACUAUGAAAAUGAUAACUAGUUUAAUUUAUACAACUGAGUAUCGUAUAAUUAGUAUAACUAAAAGAGUGAAAAAUGAGGAACUGGUAAGUGAUACAACUAUUAACAAUAUAACUAGGUUAACUAAUUAAACUGAGUAUUGUUUAAGUAUAUGGUUUUAUUGAUGUAUAACUGGUUUAACAAAUGUCGUAUAACUAGGUUUACUAGUACAACUAGUAAUAUUAUUUUUAGUACAACUAAUUUAACUGGUACAACUAAGUGAUUUUGUGUUGUGUAACUCGGAUAUUUAUUCAGUGUAUUUAGUGUUCUUAUUUGUGUCUUCAGGCUGGGGAGGAGAAUAUGGCCGUAGAACCAAUGAGACCUGUUGGUUUUUUCUUCAAGCCGAGUGAUUAUUGGACAGCUUGCAAGCUCUCCUCAAGGUGCCACCAACACGAUUUUCUAGAGACGAUAAAAGACUUUAAGGAGUCAGAGAAGAGUUGGUUUGAGAAUCACCCUUAGUUCAAGCAUUUAUUCCACAUGGAUUGUUGCGAGAAAAGAAAGGUUCAGGGAUUGUGGAUGUUGCUACUUCGUUGUAUGCAUACAGGAAAGGAGCGACAAGCUUGGUUUGGGGUAAAAGGUGUUCCAAUUAGAUACUCUAGCAGGGAACAUGCCCUCCUCUCUGGUUUAUACUGCGGAUCAUACCCUGAAAACUAUCCGAGAAAAGGGAAGAUGAAGUUUGCAACAAAGCAAUUUAAGCACUUGUAUAAGAAGACUAAGGAGAAGAAUAGGAAGAAACAGGGUCUGAGAGUGACAGAAGCGGAUGUCUUAGAGAAGCUUGAGAAGAUGGAAGCUGGUGAUGGUAGUGAUGAGCGUCUGAAGAUGGCGGUUCUUUAUUUUUUGACCAGAGUAAUAAGAGGAAGGACAAGAAAUGCAUACUUCAUUGAGCCUUUCAUUCUCCAGGCAGUAGAUGAUCUGGAUUUUUGCAACAAGUUUCCAUGGGGCCGUUACACAUUUGAUGAUUGCAUGAAGGAGAUUUUCCACUUGAGGGAUCAUUUCGCUAAAGGGCUCCCAGAGAAUAAUAUGCAGUGGACAUUUCCUGGGUUUGUCAUCCCUUUGGAGAUAUUGGCUUUUGAAUGUAUCCAUGUCCUUAGGGAAAGUUUCAGAGAUCCUGAUCCAAACUGUCUCCCAGAUUGCCCAAGAAUGUGCAAAUGGAAGUACAAGAGGACUGGGACAACAGGAUUUGCAUUAGAAGAGAUUUAUAAGGCGCUUGGAAACACAAAGGUGAUUUCAAGUACGCUGAAACCACAGGGAGAUGAACUAGACCUCUUGUAUGAAAUCAUGGAUGAAGGGAGUGUGGAAGACGUGGAGCUGCAAGAUGAUUCAGAUAAGGCAGACAUAGCCGUUGACGGUUGGAACCGGAUCCUUAUAGAACCGGAAAGAAAAAUAUUUUGGGAGGAUCUAUUCGAGAUGGAUGUGAGAACCCGGCCUACCACACAGCAACAAUCUGAGCCUCAUGGUAUAUUCGAAGGACAGGAGGAAGAAAGGGUAUGUGAGGAACCCGAGGCAGGGGGCGAGGCAGGCCGUGAGAGUGUAAAAGAGUUGGAAUUGAGAUUGAACAAGAGAAUGGAUGACGGAUUUGCAUUGAGGGACGAAACAAUUCGUCUCUUGGCAGCACGAGUAAAGGAGUUGGAACAAGACAAGAUUCAAAGAGAAAAUUGGUCAUUCCAAUUUGGUGAAUAUGAAACAUGUGAGGCUUCAGGAGGCAAAGGAAGAGAUAAUAUGGGCAAUGGCAAUGAGGAUGGUGAGGCAGUGGCUGAGAAGGAUGGUGAGAAACAGGUCGAAGAAGAGGCUGAGAAGGAUGGCGCGAAAGAGGCUGAGACAACACCUGAAGGUAUUUGUUUUUGGCUUUUUUUUCAUGUGCUAUCGGUUUAGAUUUGCUUCAGUGAUAUAAAUUUUGCUGUGUGGUGGUUUUGUUGUAAUUUGUUUUGUUGUAGAUGCUGAGGGUGAGGAAGAGGCUGCGAAAGAGGCUUAUGAGGUCGCCGGCAAUGAGGAUGAAGUAGGUCAGAAGGAGGGCGAGACAGAGGCUGACAAGGAGGGUGAAACUGAGGAAGGCAAGACAGAUGUGGAGGACUCGCCAUCUACUCUUCAAGUGAUGGCAGAAGCUGCGGAGAAACUCGAGAAAGAGGUUGAUGAUAAGGCUGCUGCAGAGAAGGCUGGUGAUGAGUUAGCUGCUGCUGAAAAGGCAGCUAGUGAUAAGGAAAAAGUUGGUGAUGAGGAGGAGACCAGGCCAAAGAGGACCCAUAAACCUUCUCGUCCGCUCAGGUCUCCGUAUCAGAAAAACUAAUAGCUAUUUGGAAUAGCUUUUAAGAACUAAAACUUAUGUUCCAACUAAAACUUAUGACUUAUGUUUCUUUUGAUGCUAAAACUUAUGACUUAUGUUUCUUUUGUGUUAAAACUUAUGACUUAUGUGGAUGUUGUGUUAAAACUUAUGAUAUAUGUUUCUGUU